ACCUGCUUUCAUUUUAGCAUCCAUGGAUUCUCUGGACUACAUUAACCCUUACCUGUUCAGGCACAGAGGGAGAAACUUUCUGACAAAGGACAUAUUGCGACCAAAGGACUUGGACGCCCUCCUGCAUGUUGAGCUCCGUCCUACCGAUAUCUUCCUCAUCACUUACCCCAAGUCAGGGACAGCGUGGAUGCAGCAGAUCCUGGUCCAGAUCAUGGAAGCUGCACUACCUGGCUGGGGCGGAGAUGCCACCAACAGAGUUAAAGUUCCUUGGCUGGAGGAGAGAACUGCAGACGACCCUUUCCGAGAAAGGCCUGAUCCCAGAAUGUUUGGCUCACAUCUCCCCCCUGACAUGUUGCCCCCCCAAGUGAAAGAUAAGAGAAUCAAGGUUGUAUAUGUUUGGAGGAACCCCAAAGAUGUCCUGGUGUCCCUUUAUCACUUUGCCCAUAGCUGGGUCCUGCUGGAAACACCCGAGAGCUUUGAAGGGUUCUAUCAGCAGUUCCUGGAUGGUGAUGUUUACAUGGGAUCGUGGUUUGAUCAUGUGAGAGAAUAUUGCGCAGCACGAGAUGAACUGGACAUCCAUUUCGUGCAGUAUGAGCAGAUGUUGAAGGACCUCAGAGGGGAAGUGGUGAAGCUUUGUGCUUUUCUGGGAAAAGACUUGACAGAUGAAGCCAUCGAUCGUGUUGUGGAGAAGUCCACCUUCAAAAACAUGAAGACCGACCCUAAAGCAAACUUCAAGGACUUAGUUGAAGUCCACCGCUACAAGUCGGAAACCAUGCGCAAAGGUAAAGCAGGUGACUGGAAGAACUUCUUCAGAGUUGCCCAGGAUGAGCAUUUUGACAAAGUGUUCAAGGACAGGAUGAGCGACCUGCCUCUCAGCUGCAUCUGGGAGAUCAAGGAGUAACUGCCUCUUAACGUGAGCUCAGGGUCACAGAGAUAGUGAUUCAAAAAUGGCCUCCUCUUCUGUUUAAUUUUGUAUUCAUUUUUCUCAACAACCUUCAUCUUCUGGCUGAUCCAGCCGUGAAUCGCCAUUGGAUCACAUUUUUAUUGGAGGAAUUAAUGUGACUCUUGGCACAAGAGGAGCCCAAAAAAAUCUCCUCCCACUUUGCAACUCUAUAAAAUGGAAGUGAACGGGGGAAAAUAUAAAAAUAAAUGAACGGAAAGAUUUGCUCCUUUAGCUCUGAUGCAACUUGCAAUCAGCAAAAUAACUGGUAAAUAAGUAUAAAGUGGAAGUGUACUGCAAAGCAUUAGGAAAUUGAAAUGCUGACAUAAGUUGAGUAAAAUUGUAAUUGUAAAAUAAAAUGGUACUUUAAGUCCAGUACUUGAGUAAAUUUACAUCCUAUAACGACAUAUGUGGAUCGUAGACGGUCCAACGUUGGGGUCACUUUUCAGUGGAAUUACUUUUGUGCCUUAUACAUGUCAUGUAUAGACUUGGUUCUCUUUCACUGGACUAUUGUAUUUUUAUUAUUUCAA